AGAACGGCCAUUCUUAUAUAAGGCUUCCAAGAUCCGGUUUAUGAGCUUGAGAAUAUGUCCAGAAUCAUCUGUCUCUUCACCUUUUCUAUAAUCUCAAUCUCACCUUCAUCUUAACUUUCACUAUGGCAUCCGACCUUCCCACCGAACAUCGCGCCCUCGUGCUCGAGGCCAUCGGCGAAGGCUUCAACCUCAAGAACAUCCCAACCCCCCAGCCCGGCCUGGGCAAAGCUAUCGUCAAAAUAACUGCCGCCGGUAUACUUUCUUACCACCGCGAGAUCUAUAGUGGUACUCGCUACUACAACUUCCCCAAGCCAAUCGUAGGCGGUAUCAGUGCCAUUGGCCGCAUCGUCGCCGUCGGAGCCGACGCAACUCUCCUAAAGCCAGGUCAGCUUGUGUAUGUCGACUGUGUGAUCCACUCGCGCGAUAACCCCAACGAUCUGUUCCUCACAGCUAUUCACGAGGGUCUAAGCGAGGGCAGCAAGAAGCUGAUCCGCGACGUGUGGCGUAACGGGUAUUUCGCUGAGUACGCCCAAGCGCCCCUGGAGAACUGCUUUGCCCUUGACGAGGCGAGAUUGUGUGGUGAACUAGGCUACACAGUCCCGGAUAUCUUGUAUAGUUGCCACAUGCUUGUUGGGUUCGGCGGAUUCCGGGAUAUUGACCUGAAGCCUGGCGAAACUAUCAUUGUGUGCCCGGCCACUGGGGGCUAUGGAGGCGCGGCUAUACAGACAGCUAUUGGUAUGGGAACAAGAGUCAUCGCCUUCGGCAGAAACGAGAAGGAGUUAGCCAGGCUCAAGGAACAUGUGCUAAGGGGCACACCAAACGCCAAUAUCGAGACGGUGAAGAUGACCGGAGACGUGAUGGCGGAUGCGGCCGCGUUGCGGGCAUUUGGCAUUGUUGACGCUGUCCUCGAUUUUACACCACCGCAGGCAGCUAAGUCCCAGCAUGUCAAGAGUACCAUCUUGGCUCUCCGUCGUGGCGGGCGUGUCAGCUUUAUGGGCUGGAAUGAGGAUCCUAUGGUCCCUACUGUCAUAGGCAUGGAUAUUUCCAUAAAAGGGAAGCUGAUGUACGAUCGAGAUGAUAUUGUUUUAUUUUUUAAGAUGUUAGAAAGGGGCUUAUUCCCUCGCGGCAAGAAUUUUGUGGACACGAAGCUCUUCAAGUUGGAAGACUGGAAGGAAGCUCUCGAUGUAGCCGCGGAGCACAUUGGUAUUGGAAAAUUCGUGGCUUUUGCCCCUUAA